UCAGCGUAACCACGCGCAUUCGGGGGGAGAGGGGGUUUGCUUCGGAUGACGAGAGCAAGGGUUUGCUACUGGUUUCAAGCACCGCUGCAUCCCUGUCGAUGCAUGUUUCGUCAUGGGCCGAUCACGAGGAGUGCACGGCACGCACGACGAUGAUACGGCAUGGUUCGGCCACAGGUCGAAGAGGAGGCGUGUGGCCGUCGGAGGAGAUGUCCCCGAGCCUACAGCAACAGGCCCGGGAGAAGCAAAGAAAGCUCUCUACCACUGCAACUACUGCAAGAAAGACAUCUCAGGAACUAUUCGAAUCAAGUGCAAUAAAUGCCCUGAUUUUGAUCUUUGCGUCGAGUGCUUCUCUGUUGGUGUGGAGAUUACCCCUCACAAGUCCAAUCAUUCCUAUCGUGUUAUUGACAAUUUAUCAUUUCCCCUCAUUCAUCCAGAAUGGAAUGCUGAUGAAGAGAUUUUGCUUCUGGAGGGAGUUGAGAUGUAUGGGCUUGGAAACUGGGGGGAGGUUUCGGAGCACGUGGGAACAAAGACUAAGACCCAGUGCUACGAUCAUUAUAUGGCAACCUACAUGAAUUCUAUUUGUUCUCCGUUGCCCGAUAUGUCCCAUGUUAUAGGGAAAUCUAAAGCCGAACUCUUAGCUAUGGCUCGCUCACAUCAAGAAGGCAAGAAAGAUAGUGGAGUGUUACGAUUGGUGAAACAGGAGCCUUCUAAUUCUCCGUCAAGAAUCAAGUUGGAGGAAGGUUUUGAAGGCAGAUCCCCGUCCAGUAUGUCAACAGGGACUGUAGAUAUCAAGCCACUGCUUUCAACUCCUGGCAGCGAGGGAGAUGAUGGGGAUGUUAGAGCUGGUGGAAGCCAAGCUAUUGAUUCAGGUGGUCCUACAGUUGGACUAGGUUCGAAGUGUCAAAAGACAGCAGGAGGUGCACAAGGAGUGGUUCAUGCCAAGGAAACACCAGAUAGUGUUGCAGCUAGUUCUGCAGUGGAAGAUGGAGCCCAAAGUAAUCGUACUCUUGGUGGCAAAAAGCCAAAACCUCUAGUUGAGGAUAAUAAGGGAGGCACAAAUGGUACAGAUCAGACAGGGUACCAUGCUAAACGGCAAGAGUUUGAGCCGGAGUAUGACAAUGAAGCCGAACAUCCACUGGCUGAUAUGGAGUUUAAGGAUAAUGACCAUGAAACUGAUCGGGAGUUGAAACUUCGGAUGUUACAUAUUUAUAUUUCAAGGCUUGAUGAACGAAAACGUAGAAAAGACUUCAUUCUAGAAAGAGGUUUGUUGAACAUCAAGCGACAGCAGGCCCUAGACAGGAAGCGAACCAAAGAAGAAAGAGAAUUAUAUAAUCGAAGUCGUGUCUUCAUGCGCUACCAUUCAGCAGAAGAGCAUGAGGCUUUGCUGAACGGUCUGAUUGCGGAGCGCAAACUUCGCCAACGCAUUGAAGAACUUCAGGAAUAUAGAAUGAAUGGCUGCCACAUCAUGGCAGACGCAGAGGUUUAUUGCUCUGAAAAGAAGAAGAGAGAAACGGAGGCGAAUCUCAGGAAGGGCAGGGAAAGUACAUCUUACUUGUAUAGUGGAAAAUCUUCUACUCAUAGAGCCAAUCGGUACCUAAAUAGAGAGAAGGAAGGGGAGGCUGCGUCUUCUGGCGGCGUGCGCGAGGUCACGAAAGGACGAGUAGGUCCUCACCUUCUGCCGAGUGGGAGCAGUCUCUUAGCAGGUGGUGGUGGGAAGGGGUCGAAAAGAUCUUUAGCGCCGCUUGAUCUUGCAGGGUUUCCCGGUGUAUACCUGCUGUCCCACACUGAGCAAGAACUUUGCGCACAAUACAGGCUCUUACCUGCUCAUUACCUAAAGAUGAAGGAACAUCUCAUGCUGGAGAGCAUGAAGGCGGGGCAAGUUCGGAGGUCCGAUGCAUAUCAAAUGUUUAAAGUGGACCCCACGAAGACAGAUCGUGUUUAUGAACUCCUAUUGUCAAAAGGUUGGAUUCAAGGGGAUGGACCAACUGUGCCAGCUUCGGAUAGAUGAAACGAGAUGUAAGUCUGGCCACCUUACGCGCGAAGCUAAUUGUUUGGGAGCACUUGCGCUUGGGAGAUAGGGAGUUUUUGAUCCUUCUCUGUUGAUUGCACAGUGUCAAGGUCAGAAAUACAGAUAAUAGUCAUUAUAGAAAGGUAAAUUGGGAGGUCUCAGGUGGCCCCUCGUUUUCCGCUGUAAUUUUGUCCACAAUCUCUAGGCGUGCUACCCAGAGUGAAGUCUAGGGGCUUUUCAUGUCAGUAGAACUUAAUCUGUUGACAUGAAGGGACUCUGAGAUCAGAGGUUGUUUCUUGUUCGAGCAGUCUUGCUUAUAUUCAUGGCACACUCGAUGAUCUUGUACCAUAUGAGCUCUUUAAAAGUUGUUACACUUUGAAGUUGAUGUUUU